CAUACCAGAAUAGUGUCCAAACAGUGUUUGUUUGUGUGUGUGUGUGUGUUUGAAUUUGUGCAGUUGGUGCAUGCAUUCCUAAAGUGCACUCUUUCUCAGUUGGCAGCCACCACGUUCUUCGUUCUUGACGGUGUUGUUGUUGUUCAGCACAAGAAGAAGCUCCAGCUGAAGUUCGCGGUGUGACCGCGUUGCGCGUCGACGUUCAUUCACAGCGUGCUCACGCUCUCCAAGCCCACUGUUGUAUGAGCUGGUGCCCAACAAAACCCCCGGUCGCGGUUUCGAUCGAUAGUACCUGCCAGCAGCAGCAGCUCUUGGAGGUGUUCUAGCGGGGGCCCUCAACAAGCAACAGCUCUCAACUCACCGCUCGACCCGCAGCUCAACUUUUAGCCUAGGCCCCGAACUCUCAGUUUAGUCUGUGCCAGUGCCUCUCGGAGUCAACAUCGCCUGAUCCGUCCAUCCGCGGUCUAACCCUUGGGACGCCUAGGACGCCGGCGUUCAACCCGAACGAAUCUUCGUCAUUCACGUGGGAAUUCCGUGAAAAGUGAGUGUGUGUCAGUGCGUGGUCAUUACGCAAGAGCAAUUAGUGUUGAGAGUGAGACCUCGCGUGAGAGAGAUAUUCAGAUUUGGUUAGAGGUGUCCGCGUUGAGGCCGUUCGACGGGUCAGGUCACGUCGCGUGAGUGUUUGUGCGGGGUCGUAACGCGCAAGUGUUUUGUACGCGAAUAAGCGCGCGCCAUCGUCGCGAUUUAAGCUGAUGACCUAAUGCUGCGAACUUGAGCCACGUGAAGCCAUUCCGAGAUCAAACCGAAAAUUCCAACAGAUUACCUGCCCAAGUGACCAUAAAAUCCAGCUAUAAAAAUGGGUGUGCUUGGCCCCAACGUGCUCCUGCUAGGCAUGGCCUUCGGGAUGGUGACGCUAGUGGUCAGCAACGACAACCUCCGGGUGGCGUACCAGUGGAACCAGAUUGAUUACGAGUUCCCCGGAGGCAACGAUGACAGGGCGGAAGCGAUCCGCAGUGGGGCGUACGUGCCCGAGAACGUGAUCCCGGUGGGGCUGGAGGUGUACAAGAAGCGCCUAUUCCUGACGCUGCCCCGCUGGAAGCCGGGAAUUCCGGCCUCGCUUGCGUACAUCAACAUCAACGACACCACGACCCAAUCGCCCAAGCUGCGACCCUAUCCCAGCUGGAACGCCCACCGGCAAAUGGGUGACGAGGAAGCGCCGGAGAUCGUGUCCCCGUUCCGGAUACGAGCCGAUCGGUGCGGCCGGCUAUGGGUCCUGGACACCGGCGUGUCGGACCUGCUCGGCGAAACAAAGGUACUCGCGCCAACGUCGCUGCUGGUGUACGACCUGCACAACGACAACCUGCUGCGGCGGUUCAAGUUCCCCGCGGACCACAUCAAAGAGAGUUCGUUUUACGCAAACAUCGCCGUCGAGGACACGGACUGUGACGAUACCUUCGCGUACGCUGCCGAUUUGGGCGCUCCCGGCCUUGUGGUGUACUCGUGGAAGUUGCAAGAAUCGUGGCGCGUCCAGCAUCACUUCUUCCAUCCGGAUCCGCUGGCCGGAAACUACACCAUCACCGGGAUUUCGUUCCAGUGGGACGAUGGACUGUUUGGAAUCGCACUGUCACGACCGCAGAGUGACGGCUUUGCCACGCUGUACUUCCACCCGUUGAGCUCGACCAACGAGUUCUCCGUUUCGACGAGGAUUUUGCGAAAUCAAACGCUAGCAACAUCCGACAAGAUCUACCGCGAGUUCAAAGUGUUGGGAUCACGUGGUCCCAACGGUCAGGCUGGCGUUGCCUUCCUUGACCAGAAGACGGGUGUCAUCUUCUACGCCUUGCCCAACCUGAACGCCGUGACCUGCUGGAAGACCUCGAACCGGGCGUACACCAUCAAGUCCCUCGGACGAGUCUACAUGAGCGUCACUGACAUGGUGUUCCCGAACGACGUAAAGGUCGAUGACGAAAGCAACCUGUGGGUGUUGUCCGACCGGCUCCACCAGUACAUGUACUCCAGCCUCGAUCCCAAGGACGUCAACUUCCGAAUACUGACGGCGACCGUCAAAGACGCCAUCGAAAACACAGCCUGUGAUACGAAGAUCAAACCGCUGCCGGACAUCAUCACCAACCUGGGCGACAUCCUGCGGCCAUCCACGACCACCGUUCCGCCCAAAACCAAAUCCGCCGCAGCGUCGGUACUCACUUCCUUUGCCGUGCUGGCGGUGGCCGCACUCGCGAAGCUACUAUUGUAAAGUUAAGAAUGUCCAAAAAAGAAAGCACAGAAAACAACUUGGAAAAACAGUCAACUAGUUUUAAGUUUUAAUGGCUCUUCUGGAUCGCGUAGACGCUUAGCAUAAAUACAAAUAAAAGCAAGGCAAAAAAUCACAACAUCCACUACUUUUGUAAAUUAUUUUCGCUUGUAUAGAGUACUAGAAAGUGAGGAGGACGCGAGGAAAGAUUACCAGAAUUAAUGUGUUAAUUAAUCAGUAUUGGAAACGAAAUAAUCACAAUCACACAAGUUUUAAACUAUGCAAUGUAAAUUAUUAUACUUUUAAACUAUUUAACUCCAAGGAUAGAGAACAAAGCUGUAGAAGCACACAAAUCAAAAA